GUCAACCAAUCAAAUCUCCUCUAAAUGCGAAGUCAUCUGACUCGGAUCUGAGAUCUGUGUAAAUCUUAUUAAAAUUUUGGGAACCGGUGAGAUUUCUACCAAAUUCUGGUGCAAAUAAAAAAAAAAUGUUUCUUUAUAAUUUAACUUUACAACCUCCAACUACCAUAAAUGUUGCUGUGGUUGGCCAUUUUUCAGGUACAAAACAACAAGAAAUCGUUAUUUCCAGAGUAACUCGUUUGGAACUAUUAAAAGCUGAUCCAAAUUCGGGUAAAUUACAAACGCUUUUAACUCACGAUGCUUUUGGAAUAAUAAGAUCGUUGACGCCAUUUAGGUUAACAGGAGGUUCAAAAGAUUAUAUUAUAGUCGGUUCAGAUUCAGGGCGUAUAGUCAUUUUAGAAUACAAUAUUGUAAAAAAUAAAUUCGAAAAAGUUCAUCAAGAAACUUUUGGUAAAUCAGGAUGCAGAAGAAUUGUUCCUGGUCAAUAUUUAGCAGUAGAUCCAAAAGGCAGAUCUGUUAUGAUAGGUGCUAUUGAAAAACAAAAAUUGGUUUAUAUCCUUAACCGUGACUCGGCGGCUAAUUUGACAAUAUCUUCACCACUGGAGGCCCAUAAGUCGCAUACAUUAGUUCACCAUUGUAUAGGCUUAGAUGUUGGAUACGAAAAUCCUGUAUUUGCGUGCCUAGAAGUAGAUUAUUCUGAUGCUGAUAUGGAUCCAUCAGGCGAUGCGUUCAAUAGUACUGAAAAGAUGCUAACAUAUUAUGAAUUAGAUCUUGGUCUAAAUCAUGUAGUGAGAAAAUGGAGUGAUCCUGUUGACGCUCGAGCAAAUUUACUUUUUCCAGUUCCCGGUGGAAAUGAUGGUCCAUCAGGAGUGUUAGUUUGUUCGGAGAAUUUUAUAACAUAUAAGCAUCAACGUGUACCUGAACUUCGAGUACCUAUACCACGUCGCAGAAAUCCUCUUGAGGAUCCUUCACGUGGAUUAAUUAUUGUAGCAGGUGUUAUGCAUAAAAUGAAAGGUGUAUUCUUCUUUUUAUUACAAAGUGAAGAAGGUGAUAUAUAUAAAGUUACACUUGAUUACGAGGAUGAUAAGGUGAAUGCAAUUAAAAUUAAAUAUUUUGAUACCGUGCCUGUCGCGGCAUCAUUAUGUAUACUUAGAGCUGGUUUUUUGUUUGUAGCUGCGGAAUUCGGAAAUCAUCGACUCUAUUCAUUCACAAGUCUUGGUGAUGAUAAUGAUGAACCUGAAUGGUCUAGCGAUGAGUUUAUGGAUUCCGAUACUGAUAUUUCAGCAUAUUUUACACCGCGUGACCUUCAAAACUUGGAACGGGCUGAUGAAUUGGAGAGUUUAAAUCCAUUAAUCGAUGCUAAAGUCCUAAAUCUCACGGAUGAUGAUACACCCCAAUUAUAUGCUUUGUGUGGAAGAGGUGCUGGGUCAACAUUUCGUAUUUUAAGACAUGGUCUAGAAAUUUCUGAAAUGGCCGUUUCUGAAUUACCAGGAAAUCCUAAUGCAGUAUGGACAACAAAAUUAAAGUCAGAUGAUGAAUUUGAUGCUUAUAUUAUAGUAUCGUUUGUAAAUGCUACACUUGUGUUAUCUAUUGGCGAGACAGUAGAAGAAGUAACUGAUACUGGUUUUCUUGCCACAACACCUACAUUAGACGUACAUCAACUUGGUGAUGAUGCUUUACUACAGAUAUAUCCACAAGGCAUUCGACAUAUUCGUGCUGAUCGUCGUGUUAAUGAAUGGAAAACCCCUGGGAAUAGAGCGAUCGUAAAGGCAGCAACAAAUAAACGUCAGGUUGUGAUAGCACUAACUGGAGGCGAGCUUGUAUACUUUGAAUUAGACAAUCAAGGUCAAUUAAAUGAAUAUCAAGAACGUAAAGAAAUGUCAUCUAAUGUAACAUGUUUAAGUGUUGGUGAAGUACCCGAAGGAAGACAAAGAUCAAGAUUUUUGGCUGUAGGUUGUGAUGAUAAUGCUGUAAGGAUUCUUUCCCUUGAUCCUGACAAUACAUUAGAAGUACUUAGUACUCAGGGUCUUAGUGCUCCUCCACAAUCUUUAUCUAUUAUUGAGAUGAUGGAUAUUGGUACUGACGCAUCUCAUGGAACAUUAUACCUUAACAUAGGAUUACAAAAUGGUGUUUUAUUGAGAACUAUGCUAGAUACCAUAACUGGUUCAUUGACAGACACACGACAGAGAUUUCUCGGUGCUCGUCCUGUAAAACUUUUCCGGGUUACAAUACAAGGGGCUCCAGCAGUCUUAGCUCUUUCAAGUAGACCUUGGUUAAGUUAUACUUUUCAAUCUCGGUUACAUUUAACACCUCUUUCAUAUGAUAUGCUUGAAUAUGGUUCCAACUUUACUUCGCCUCAAGUACCUGAAGGGAUCGUAGCUAUUUCGGCAAAUACAUUGAGGAUUUUUGCCGUUGAAAAACUAGGAACAGUAUUUAAUCAGGCUAUAAUACAACUUAGUUAUACACCACGUCACUUUGUUCUUCAUCCACCUUCAAGAAAUUUUGUUGUGAUUGAGAGUGAACAUAAUACUUAUUCUCCGAUGGAAAAACAAAGAACUUUAGAUGCAAAGAUUAGUGAAGGAAAGAGAUUUGAUCCGAGUUUACUGGAUUUAUCACCAGAAGUAUUCGGAUUACCUAAAGCCGAACCUGGAAAAUGGGCUUCAUGUAUUCGUAUCAUCAAUCCAUUCUUAGGCGAUACUACGUCAAAAAUUGAGUUUGAAGAAAAUGAAGCUGCAUUUAGCAUCACAAUGGUUAAUUUCCAUAGUCAUAAUAAUGAGUUGUUCCUUGUUGUGGGAACUGCAAAAGAUGCAAAUCUGGCACCCCGUACAUGUUCAUCAGGAUAUUUAUAUGUAUAUCAAUUUAAUGAAGAUGGGAAUGACCUAAACCUUCUUCAUAAGACUCAAUGUGAUGAUAUUCCACUAGCGUUAUUACCCUUCCAAGGAAAGCUUUUAGCUGGUGUUGGCAAAGCAUUGAGAAUAUAUGAUAUAGGAAAAAGAAAAUUGUUACGAAAAUGUGAAACAAAGGCAAUCCCAAAUUGUAUAGUGAAUUUACAUACGCAAGGCAAUCGCAUAAUUGUUUGUGAUAUGCAAGAGUCAAUACAUUAUGCAUCAUAUAGGCAACAUGAUAAUAGAAUUAUCAUUUUUGCCGAUGAUACUACUCCACGAUGGAUUACGACCACUACAAUGAUAGAUUAUGAUACAUUAGCUGGUGGUGAUAAAUUUGGAAAUUUUUUUAUUGAUCGACUUCCAUCAGAGACAAGUGAAGAGGUUGAUGAGGAUCCUACUGGAAAUAAAAUAAUGUAUGAAAAAGGAUAUUUAAUGGGUGCCCCUCAUAAGGUAUCAAUGAUAUCACAUUACCAUGUUGGUGAUAUUCUCACAUCAAUUCAUCGAACAACUCUUGUUGCGGGAGGACGUGAAAUUCUUGUAUAUACUGGCAUUAUGGGUAAUAUUGGAGUAUUUGUUCCAUUUUUAACUAGAGAAGAUAUUGAUUUUUUCCAAACACUUGAAAUGCAUAUGAGAAAUGAAGCACCUCCAUUAGCAGGACGUGAUCAUCUACAAUAUCGUAGUUUUUAUGCACCUGUUAAAAGUGUGGUAGAUGGUGAUUUAUGUGAACAAUAUAAUUUAUUACCUAUGGAAAAGAAAAGAAUGAUUGCCGAUGAAUUAGAUAGAACUCCGGCAGAAAUUCAAAAGAAAAUUGAAGAUAUGAGAGUUAUGGCAGCAUUUUAAAAAACAUUCACUUUUUUGAUUUGAUUUUCAUUUAACAUUAAAUUUAUAUUUGUAUUCAAUAAUAGAAUUUUUUUUAAAAAAAAUUUGA